UGUCAAAUCGAUGUAGAUAAUUUCUCUCCGGUUUAUUUUUAUUUGAUGAUUAAGUUUAAGCUAUUUUGUGAAUAUAACAAAUUUGACGUUGAUAUGAGAGAAAUUUUAGAAAUAUUUAUUUAAUGUUAUGCCGAAAGUGACAUCAAAUCUGCCAAAAUGGUGUAUGAAACUGUACCUAGGACAGUUCGGAUUAUUUUGUUAGGAGAGCCAGGAGUCGGAAAAACUUCGUUGAUUCUGUCUUUGGUAACUGAGGAGUUUACAGAACAUGUACCUCCAAAGGCGGAAGAGAUCACUAUACCUGCAGAUGUAACCCCUGAACAGGUUCCCACGAACAUUGUUGAUGUGUGUCUCGCUGAACAAUCUAUCGAACAAGUGGCAGAAGAAAUAGAAAAAGCCCAUGUAAUAUGCAUUGUAUUUUCUGUUGAUAAACAAGAAACACUUGAUAAAAUAGCAACAUACUGGCUACCAUUUGUAAGAGAUAACUGUCCUGACGACUGUAGGAAACCUGUAAUUUUGGUGGGAAAUAAAAUAGACCUCAUUGAUUAUUCAGUGAUAGAUAAUAUUUGGGAUAUUGCAGAAGAAUAUCCAGAAGUGGAUAGGUGUAUAGAGUGUUCUGCUAAAACAUUAACAAAUGUUUCUGAAAUGUUUUAUAAUGCACAAAAAGCUGUGUUACAUCCAAUUGGACCUAUAUAUUCUAUUGAAGAACAAGAGUUAACUGAAAGGUGUAAAAAAGCAUUAUCAAGAAUAUUCAAAAUUUGUGAUUUGGAUGGUGAUGGACUACUUGAUGAUUAUGAAAUAACUGUAUUUCAAAAGAAAUGCUUUGACACUCCGCUACAAUUGCAGGUUUUAGAUGAAGUAAAAUCUGUUAUUGCACAAAAUAUAGCUGGUGGUAUAGAAAAUGAGUGUAUAACUAUGAAAGGAUUUAUUUUCCUGCACUGCCUGUUUAUACAAAGGGGAAGGAAUGAAACAACAUGGACUGUUUUACGCAAAUUUGGUUAUGAUGAGGGUUUAGAGUUAACACACAGUUAUCUGUAUGCAAACAUAAAGGUACCAGUUGGAUGUACAACGGAGCUGUCAUACAAGGGUCAACAGUUUCUAACGCAACUAUUUGAAAAGUAUGACAGAGAUAAAGAUGGAAUGCUUAACCCAACAGAACUAAAGAAUGUAUUCUCUUGCUGUCCUCGGGUACCUUGGCACAAUUUACGAUACACAGUCCCCACAAAUGACAAGGGCUUUUUAACACUGCAAGGUUGGAUGUGUCGAUGGACUCUAAUGACUUUAUUAGACUUGCAAAACACGAGCGCCUAUUUAGCUUACCUCGGUUACAACUUCCUUGAAAAUGAGUCACAAAAAACUGCUAUACAUAUUACCCGCGACAAGAAGGUGGACCUCGCAAAGAAGCAAUCGAGCCGCAAUGUGUACCAGUGCCACGUAAUCGGUCCGCGCGCCUGCGGCAAGACCUCCAUCUGCAGGAGCUUCCUCGGUAUUGCACACAAGAAGAUAAAGGCGCACGCGGGCGGGGGCGGGGGCGGCGGCGGUGGCGGGGGCGGCGAGCGCGGCGACGGCCAGGGCGGCGAGUGGUGCAUCAGCACGGUGGUGGUGUACGGCCAGGAGAAGUACCUGGCUCUGCGCGAGAUCCCCAUCGCGCGCGCCUCCGACCCCCUGCAGCCGCACGAGGUCAACUGCGACGUCGCCUGCCUCGUCUACGACCUCGCCGCGCCGCGCUCCUUCGAGUACAUCGCCAGGAUAUACAUUAAAUACUUUGCGGAGAGUCACAUCCCAGUGCUGAUAGUGGGCACGAAGGGCGAGGCGGCGGGCGCUCGUCAGGAGUACAUCCUGCAGCCCGACGUCUUCUGCUCCAAGUACCAGCUGCUGCCGCCGCAGCUCUUCCACGUCGGCGAGAAUAAGCACGACAUCUUCGUCAAGCUCGCAACUAUGGCCGCCUUUCCUCAAUUUCAAGCUGCAUGGAUUUUGUUCAGCAAACACAGACACCUGAAGCAGUUCGCGCGGCUGGCGGGAGACAACUCUUGCUGGUGGAAGGCGGGCGUGGGCGUGGCUGCGGCCACCAUCAUGGGCCUGCUGCUCAUCAGGAUGCUGAGCUUCCAAAGACGAUAGCUUUCAAUUCAUUCGUACAAAGAUACUGCCUGCCUCACGUAGUAUUCCCUUGUAUUUAAGUAGAAUAAAUACGUUUCUUUGUUAAUAACACCUUAUAAUAAUUAUUUAACCAAAGAAAUGGUAUUCC